CACUUGCAUCAACAGCACAUAUUGUUUGCGUCAUUUUAAAUUGAACAAAGACACUUGAAACCAUCCACAGUUCUUACUAGAUGUCUAAUUUACAUAUAUAUAGACAAUUAAAAAGAGAACGCCAGAGACACGUGGCCAAUAACCGUGCUUUUCAUCAUAUGUGCAAUUAAAAUGGGCAAAACGUUCAUGAUUUGAAUUUUUUAAUUACACACUUUUGUAGCUUCUUCCAGGGCUAAUUUUUCAAUUAAACGACGCCUUGUAGUUUAUCGAAAUGAAAUAUUUGGUAGGUUUUCACUCCAGUAAGCAACGCUAAAAUUGUUUUAAGCCAUCCAAUCCUCCAGCCAUUCACCCCCAUGUAUACUAAUAUGCAGCCUGUUAUAUUUUGAAAUACUUCUUUGUGUUGUUUGGAGAUCACCAUUGGAAAGAGGUUCUGUUGGUGGGCAUCCCCCGCUUUCCUUUAUUUUUGCGGCGCAAUUGAAUGAAAAAUUUCCGUCAUCUGUGGAAAUGAAGAAUAAUUGCGAUUCCUGAAUGAACUUCUCUGCCGUAAGAUGACAAUAUGAAAACACUAAUUAAAAAUGCUUAACGUGGUUGUCAAUGCUACGAACUGGAAGGGAACAGCUUGUCCGUCCGAGAGGUCCUUUGGGAGCUUGAAUCAUCUGGUGCAAUCUGGAUUUUCAGAAAAGAGACCAACUAAUUAGCCCGUGGUAACCAAGACCUUUAUCUGUCCAACGAGAAAACUACUUGUGCUUAGUUGGAACUUUACAGUUGUUGCUGCCGAGAUCUCUUUGCGUUGUAUGUGAAUGCAACGAGACAGACGGCACAGUCCCGGGUAACAGCAAACUUAUCUAAGAAUUCAGGUGGGGAGCAUGUGAAGAGGUUUGUAGACCAGAAAGGAUCGCGCCUCGUGUGGCAUUUGGACCCAAUCAAAGUAAACCAUUCAGAAUCUGUGGGAACACCCUAAUGGCUACUGGUUUGACAGACCCCAAGAUGCAGGACGCUGAAGGGACCACUGAAGAUAGUUCAGGAAAGAAGAGGCUAAAGUUCAAAUCGCUCAAGAAGCUGUUUGUCAAAAAGAAGAAAAAGGAAUUGGUAACCCAGUCAAAGAGCAGCCUGAAGCAAAGUCAAUCAACAAGUGAUGUUACUGGCCCAGAAUUACGGGCUCCAGAUCCUGACUCUGAGGAUGAGCAAAGUGCUCAUAGAAAUGUCAUGGGAACUCGAGCGCUGUCACACGACAGCAUCUUCAUCCCAGACACAUCUGGGCAACCAGCUGUUCAGCCUGCGCGAGUGUUUUCUCAGGAGAGCAUAUCUGCACCUAUCAGAGCUUUACAGUUAAAGGUACAGCAAAAUAUUAAACUGGGACCACCUCCGAAGUCGACACCAGCAAAGAGGAUAGAAGAUACUGGUGCUAGUUCUGAAGAUGAUGGAUUGCCCAGGAGUCCUCCAGAAAGCUCCCCUAUCCAUGAAGCUUUAGCACGUAGCCAAUUAGCCAAGUACUCUGACCAUUACAAGAAUCAUAGCUCUUUGACUUUAGGUGGGACAGGCAGCGAAGAAGAAGAGCAGAUUUCUCCAGGAUCCUACUCGAGACCCAACAGUCCCCAUUCUGCAGUCGUCACAACAAGGCCAACAGCAAGGUCACGGAGUCCCACAUCACCACUGGUUUAUACCUCAUCUACUGACAGCCAUGCUUCACCUGGUAUUGAUUUUAACUCUCCACCUGUGUUGUCCCUCUGCUUGGAUAAUUCAGCAGCGAGGCACAGACUCGCAGUGAAACCACGGAAUCAGCGCUCCCACACCAAACGAAGAUCCUCUUCCAGGUUACUUGCUGAAGGACUGAGUGAUUCGAUGUAUAAUGUUCCUGAGCUAAAGGAGGAAAAUGAACAAGAAACCGUCAAGAACAAUGCCGAAUUUGCCAAUCCUGAAAUGGAUUUGGAACAAAGAGCAGAAUGUCCAACAACAAUUCUCCCUCAGGGACAACAGACUGAGCCUUCCAUAAUCAUGCCAGAAGCUGUGAAUGCUAUAGAACAAGGAGCUGAUGAGCUUCCUAUUGUGGAUGUUGCUGGUCAGCAAGCCACUGAUGCACUAGAUGGCAAUGCACAACUACAAACAUACUCUGUAUCAUCAGAAAUUGCAGAAUAUAUCAUGCCAGUGGAGUUGGAUGUGCUGGGAGAGAGUGUCACUGAUAUUUCUGUGUUACCAGGCACCAGUCAGGUAGGAUCUACAGUUGUAAUUUCUGAUGACUCCACUUCACUUGAUGUCAUCGAUCCAUUAAAGCAAGAGAAAAGUGCAAAUCUUUGGGAAGCUGCUGCUGUGAACACUGACACAGUUCCCGUCGAUACAUCUUUGGGUGAUGAGACUGCGUGUCCCACACAGAAUUUGAUUCGGACCGACAUAUUAUUGAUAGACAGUGACAAACCAUCUGCAGCUGUCCCUGAGGGGUCAGUGAGCAGAGAAGGAGAAUAUUUGCAAGAAGAUCCAUGUGCAUAUUGUAAACAAGCAAAAAUGGAGCCAACAUCAGAAGGGACAUUUGCUUGUUCAGACAAUGCGGAAGAACACUCAAUUUUCAAAGACACAGUUGAUAAGGUGCCUGAAAACUUCAGCAGUAUUCCAUUGACUCAGUUGUCUGACACAUACUCCCAGCCUGCCGAUUCUCCUAAAACGUCAAAGGAACCAUCUGUUUUGGAAACGGUUGGUGGUGGCAGCUUGGAAAACAAGGAUAUUGCAGUAUUUAAGGAAGCCAACAUUAAAAUAUCAGAAGAAAAAACACUAAGUCAACAGGGUUCGUUUAAGAAAAAUAGUCAGAGUUCCUUUAAAUUCUCAAUUUCCUCAGCUUGGAAUCGGUCCAGACACAGUGGGGUGAAACAGAAUGAUGAUCCAGCUGCAGAUCCAGAUGUUUCAUACAAAACCAUCCCUCAGGAAGCGAGCUUGUUACCUGGAAACGAGAACAAGGAAAAGGAUGAAGGAAUGUCCCUCCCUGAAAGUUCUGCAUCUAAGAUUGAAGCACAUGGACAAGAGAAGACUGAGGAAGAUGAAGAGGGAAGAGGUGCAUUUGGUGUUAGACUCCGCAGUACUUCUUACUGCUUAAAAUACAAAGAAGUUUCUCACACUGAGCACAAGGAGACAGGCAAACGUCACAGUGCUGAGAUCCCUUUGGAUUCGAGUGGAUGUCCAUCACAACCUACUGCUGACAUGACAGAGGUUAAAAAGCCACAAGAAGGGUUGAUUGAUGAUGGGAAACUGAAAGCUAAAUCUUCAGAAAAUCUUGCUGCAAGGCCACCCUUACCGAGAAAACCUGUUCUGCAAAAUUUAAACACUCCCACAACAGCCAUGGACAUACCCAAGACUGUCAAAUCCACACAGGAAAGAUUGAAAGACACAGAGAAGAGAACAAGUGUCGGUAAAAACUCUGAGAACUGUGUUGAAGUUUUGCAAGAUGGAUAUUGUGAAGAAGACAAAGGGCAACCUUUCAACAAAGAUAAUGGAUCAUCUGUUGAGGACUCCACUGUGCCAGCUUGGGUGACUAUGGCAAGACAAAAGCAGAAGGGUUACCAAGAACAAUAUAUUGGCAAAGAAGCUAAAAUGCCAGCCAAAGAAGUCAAAGCUGAUACCGAGAAGCAACAAGAGAGUGAUAAGGAUGCCACGAAUGCACCCAUUGAAUCUAAAAGCACUCACCCUAAGUCAUCGACCAUUAACAAGCCUACCCAAGACUAUAGAUUGGAAAUAAAGGCAUCUGUGUCAGAACCUCAGAAGAAAACUUCUCCUAAAACCAGUCCUGUGACAGUAAGCAAACAUUCAUCGGCAAUGACACAGAACACGAGUGACAAGGAUGGAAGAGAUCAACACAGCAAAGAUAAAGUUUCCCCUUCCUCCAACCAGCCAUCGUGGAUGGAACUGGCUAAGAAGAAGGCAAAAGCUUGGAGUGAUAUGCCACAAAUCAUCAAGUAGCCUGCCACACGAAACUUCUAAACUAUACAUGGAAACUUAUUAGCUACUGGCUAUUGGGUAUGCAUUAGUUUGUCUGCAGUGUUGAUUGUUGGAAAGGUAGAAUCCCAUGUUGACAAACUGUAGAUGGUCCUUAACACUCUGGCUUUUUAAGAACAAAACUAGGUUUUCUUUAGUCUUCUACAUCUAGCAUAAUACGACACCGGGCUCUUGUAAGGAUAGAGAUAUGGAGGCCUGUCUGAUUUGACUACAUGUUCCAGAAGGGAUGAUCCAGCGACCACGUAACCAUCUCCUGUCUUGUGCAGGAUGUUACCGUGUAUAAAAACACACGUGGACCUUAUGCCUCCCAGCUGAUCACUAUACUUAGAGAAUUAGUCUCAUUAUUUUCUUGCUGAAUUUGUUUGAUGUACAGGAGAUUAUGUGAGAUGAACAAAAUGGGACAAGACAAAAAGAUACGGAGCUGUUCCCUUUAUCAAAAACACUUUAAAAGUCUGAGUUCAAGUGAUCCACAAAUGUCUCGAUGUCUUCUAAAGCGUUCUCUCGCAUUUAAAAGAAUGAGUGUUUUGGAUCAGGUGUGUAAAAACAAAAUAUAUUUCUAAGCUUUUUAAGUUUUGCUAAUUCUCUGUAAUGAUUUGUCAUUCUGUAUUAUAGUUCCACUCCUUAAAAAAGCAGAACAAUAUCAAGAUGUGGGAAAGGUGUGUAGAUACUUUAUCUGGUUAGUGAUGGCUGUAUUUGUAUUUGGGUUUUUGUAGCGUCUCACUUUUUUUUACCAGUUGUUAUUUUUACUUCAGCGUGCACAGGUUACCCUGUGGUGUGUUCCAGGCCUGGGAUUCAGAUUGACAUGGGAUAGAUGUGUUGCUUGCUUCUAUAAUCAACAAAUUGGGUGAUUUUAACUGAUUAAAGCUGACAUUAAAAUCAUGUCAGCUUCUCCCAGCUGAAGUGAGUAAGAAGCAGAUAUCUGGCUGUACAAAUUGGCUGGACAAUCAGUAGCUUGGAAUAGGGGAUUAAGUGAACGAUGCAAGGCCUAGAUCACCAUCUGCCCCAUUCUUUUACUAAUACAGGAGUCACUGACUGCAUUGCAGACAGUUGGCCCAUAAUGGACCCAGACACAUGCAAAUAAACCCCCAGAUAUGGAAAGCUUUGGGAGCCUUGGGUCCCAAGGCUCUACUUGCCCAUCGAUGCUGCACCUACCUGCUGAUAAGGCGUCCAUUUAACAUGUCUACUGACUUACUGUGUGCACUUUCAGCUGAAGUACAGUGUUACUCCCUGGCUUAAAGAGAGCUUUCACAUAUAUCCAAAAAUAUUAACCACAAUGCAUGCACCUAUUUACACAAGGAAAUUGUAUAAGAUAUUUUCAAGAAUUUCGUCUCAUUGCAUAAAGAAUUAUAUUGCCUCAGUCUGUGUUGAAAUAUUUGUAGGAAUGCAAUUGCACUAUAAGUCUUAUCCUUCUAAUUGUUUACCAUAUACAUAGGGAGUGCGAACUUUAGUAUGUAAAUAUAUACCUGCCAAAUUAUUUUGUUAAAUUGCCAGAAGUUAUCUUUCACUGUAAUACAGGUAUGUUUAGUACAACAACGUAAAUAUUUUGGCUGAAUCAUCAAGGACUUGUAAUUCAAAAACCAUGUAUCUUUCGUUCGUAGAUUCCGAUCAUGCAUGUACUAAAACUGUAAUAGUCCUACUGAAUAUACACCACACUUAAAACACAAUGUUAAACUGUUUACAUAGUAACAAUGCAAAAAAUAAGCAGUGAAACUUCUGUUUUGUAAAUCAUAAGUUAUUUAGUGUAGUAUCUUUUGUUCUCUCAAAAUCUCUGCAAGCUUACAUUUGCUCUUCCCAUCUGCAUGGUUACUGGUGAUGUAAUAAUUUAUCUCAAUACAUAUUUGUAUGUAUGUACAGGUACCUGUGUAUAUAUUUAGAGUACUGUGUAAUCAUGCACACUCUGUAAUUUCAUCGCCACGCCAUGUAACUUAUAUUUCAUGGACAAGUGAAUUCUGUCGGUACUGUAAAUUGCUGAGAAGUGUAAAUACUCAGAACACUCUGUAGUAACGUGGUGCCCUACUGCUGAUUCAAUUUUCUAAGUAAAGAGUCAGGAUUCUACUUAGUGAACGCUGACAUGAGUAAAGAGGUUACAGUAUGAAAAAUACCCACCUUUUCUUCCCCACCAGAGAGGAGAACAGCGUUAAAACUUGUGAUAGCAUUUUAAUGUUGGAUAGAAAUUACAAAACUGAUAAAGGCUGACCGAUCCAAUGUUUUUACAAAAAAAUAUUAGCGCUUGCUUUACCAUUCUCUCAGUGACUUAGCAUGGAACAAGUAGGCCAAUGGUGGAACAACGCUGAGUUGAUUUAGGAUGUCAUAAAGCGGUGGGAGGGAGAUUUGGUACCCUACUCCUUUUUAUUCCUGUGUGCAAUAGGCUAUUGGCAGGGUGAAGCUAAAUACCCCUGAAAGAUCAGGAAACAAUGAACUCCUCCUCAGACUGGUCUUUCAUUAUCCAGAUGACCAGCGCACAGAGCCCUCGGUACAGAAGCAUACUGUGAACUCCUAACCACAUUGACGCAUGACCCAGAGCGAUUUUGGGAAAAUAGCAGGGAGGAUUUUCCUGUUUCAGGAUAGUACUCUGGAAAUAAACAGGCAUCCAUAAGUGUACGACGCAGACUGCUGAAAACCAUUUUAGUUAUAGGCCUCCCGUAAUAAAUGGAAAUCAUCCAGGGACUGCUCGUGAAUGGCCGUAUGCACUUUGCGUGCUGGGCCCUUGUAUGGUGCAUACAUGGAAAAUAACUGGUUUUUACAGCAGUGUAUCUGGGUUGGGAGGAGUGGGGUGGGGGGGGGUGAGUUGGGAAGAAUGGGAAAGAGUCAAUUCAGAGAAUUGGAGACUCAGCAUGUGAUCAGGAAGUUGUGACUCAGGGAUUGGGGAGCAAUGCUUUGUGGGCCAGAGGCCGGGGUUUAAGAAAUGGGAGGAGGUUGAAGAUUGGGGAGUGAUUGGGUCAAUCUUAGGUGAUGUACUGUGAUGGGUGAGUUAAGAAGAAUCCUCAUUGUUUAUGUCCCAGCAGUAGCAGGGAGCCUUCUCAGGGGAACCCCCCUAUAAAUGGUGCAACUGCAGAUCUAGCAGCUCUAUGUGGCCCAAAACUGGGCGUGGCAUUGUGAUCCAAGAGUUUCUUGGGGAAUGAUUUUAUGAUGUGUGCUUCUGACAAGGGAAGCAUAUCAUCACACGAGUGAUUCAUGACUGGAAGUGACUGGUCUAAUCUCCAGAGUGAGACAAUUUGACCUGGAAUUGAUGUAAUUGCAUUCCACUGUGGAAAGAUAUAAACUUCCACACAGUUGAUAGAAGCCUGAACUAGGCCUGAAUGUCUUUGAAACAAAGUACAGGCACAUACCUGAUGAGGGACUGCAAAAUUAAGGAUGCCAAACACGAGGAGAUCUGCAGAUGCAGGAAAUCCAGAGCAACGUACACAAAAUGCUGGAGGAACUUGGUAGGUGAGGCAACAUCUAACCCUGGGUUUGAUUUUCUUGCUAUGCCCAACUCCCAGCUCCCUUCAGGUGAAUGGUCUUGGCACGAAACUUCGUCUUUUCCAUCGCUGCUGCCUGGCCUGCUGAGUUCUUCCAGCAUUUUACGUGUGUAAAGUUAUGGAUGAGCUGUGACCUUGUCAGAGAUCUAACAUUCCAGAAAAUGUUGCCCUCGAUCUCCCUGCCUGCUAGUUUAACAAAGGACUUAACUCAUUCUAAACAGAGAGGGUUGAUGCUUGGAGAAUACGUGGGCUCCAUAAAGCAAUUUCCCUAUUAGAUCACUAUAUACCUGAGAAAACGUUCUGCAGAACAAUGUGAGCCAUUUAACUCUGAGGCAUUCUUAUAGUGUGGAUGGUUACGUGUAGUUCCAACUAACGUUAAAAUGUACACUGCAUUCCAUGCCAGUUAAUCCAUUUGGGAAUUAGGGAUUACUCAGUGGUGUCCCACUGUAUUUGUUCAAAAAUCCUGUAAUAACAAACCUGGGAAAUGCUAUGAGAUUUGCGAAUCAAUGCCUUGAUAGGGGUUCGUGCUGUGUAUGCUUAAUGUUUUUAAAACCACAUAACUUUGCCAAUUAGAUGUCAGUGAAGCUGUUAUGGCUUAAAGAUCUCCAGUCAACUGGACACCUAACAUCACUGUGUUCUGCACUUGACUGUUAAACAGCUUUGCCUUUGUGUUGCUAAAUUUACACUACCUCUCCUUACUUUUAUAUUGCUAGAACUUCCUACUUGUUAAAUCAUGAUGGAAAUUAAAGGACUAUUUUUU